AUGAAUUCAUCAUCUUCUGGCUUCAACGUGUCGACUCUGAUUUAUCGAGACUCCUACAGCACAGUUGUAGCCAAAAAUGUGAUUGUUAUGGCUCUUGGCCUCAUCAUCAACUACAUCAACGGUUCCUUGAUUCACACCUUCAGAAAACACCAGAUAUUUUAUGUGAAUCCCCGUUACAUUCUCUUCAUCCACCUGGUGGUAAACGACAUGAUCCAGCUAACGACAACAGUCAGCCUGUUCGUCCUAAGUUACAUCUUCUACAGAAUUAAUGUUUCCUUAUGUUGCCUCAUUGUUACCUUUUCUGUCUUUACAACCCUCAACACUCCAUUAAAUUUAGCUGUCAUGGCUGUGGAGUGUUACAUCGCUAUUUGUUUACCACUGCGACAUGCUGAGUUCUGUACCAUCAAAAGAACUUACAUUCUGAUUGGUUCCAUUUGGGCCAUGAGUGCAGUUUCAACGCUGCCAGAUGUGUUCAUAUUAUUGGCUACAGAGCCUGUGGAGUUAUUUCAUUCUACCAUUUUUUGUCAAAUAGAUGAACUCUUCCGUCACCCUAUGCACCUGAAAAAGAGGGAAGUUUCCUACACAGUUUACCUGAUCGUUGUUUGGCUCACGCUCCUCUACACUUACAUCAGGAUCUUCUUAGCUGCUAGAACAGCUAAAGCAGCUAAAGCAGCUGAAGGAGACACAAAGAAGGCCAGGAACACCAUCCUGCUGCACGGCUUUCAGCUGCUGCUGUGUAUGCUCACCUAUGUAGCCCAUUUGAUUAGAAAGCCUCUGGUGUACAGCUUCCCUGAACAUUAUAUAAAUAUAAUCUUUGCCUCGUAUAUCAUCGUUCAGAUACUCCCCAGGUUUAUCAGCCCUAUUGUGUACGGGCUACGAGACAAUACAUUUAGACAGCAUCUGAAAAAGUAUCUGCUGUGUACAGUGAGAUCAAGCAUCAAACCAUAGACUGCACCACAAUUCAUAUAU